AUGUCAGCAUUGAAGAUCCCACUUUUUAAAAUGAAGGACCUGAUACUGAUCCUAUGCCUCCUGGAAAUGAGUUCUGCAAUGUUUCCUCAGCAAGCUAGGGCACCAGGCAUAGCUAGUUAGAGCCUGGAGGCAAUAAGACAGUUGGGAAGUUAACAGAGAUUAAACAUGCUUUCUCAAUAUCCAAGACUUGGCUUGGGGAAAUCAUUUAAUUCUUUGUGGACGUGUGAUCUGCUCCCAUCACGCUCCUGUUUCCCAUGGAUGAGAUGGAGCAAACAUGAAACUCAACAGUAUAAAUAUUCUUUGCCCGUGCAUCCUGCACCUCUCCCAUCUCAACCAUCCUUGCAGCUUCAACAGCCAACACAGGAACCUUUCAUCCAGCCCCCGAUUGUAAGCAGCAACCAGGAUGCACCACAGAAGGGAGGACCUCAGCCUCCAGUUAACCAGGGACAGCAGUCCUUGCAGAAAGCUGAAAAGUCAGUGAUUCAACAGCAGGUGGCACCAGGAGAUAAGCUACCAAAGGCCAAAAUACUUUUCUCUGGAAUAUUCCCAGUAGCCCAUUUGAUAUCUCAGGGACCAAUUCCACAAAAUAAACCAUCUUCACUUUUCCCAGGAAUGUUUUACAUGUCCUUUGGAGCAAAUCAAUUGAAUGCUGCUGCCAGACUUGGCAUCAUGAGCUCAGAAGAAAUGGCAGGAGGCCCCAUGGCCUAUGGAGCUGUGUUUUCAGGAUUUGGAGGCAUGAGGCCCAGCUUUGGAGGGAUGCCCCCAAAUCCAGCCAUGGGCGGGGACUUUACUCUGGAAUUUGACCCCUCCAUCCCAGAGAAGGGAGAGGGAGGUGCACAAGGCUCCCCAAUGCCAGAGGCCAACCCAGCCAGUCUGCAAAACCCAGCUCACCUUCCAGAGGGAGCAACCAGUUUCCUAGGAGGGCUUCUUGUUCUCCCUAAGGGCAAGGUUCCUGCCAGCAGAGGACCUGCAGCACAGAGUGGCAGACACCUCAGGGUCACUUCAGCCGCUGCGGCCCCCCAGAUGACACCUGGAUUCACUGAUACUUCUGAGACCUUCAGUGCUGACAUGACCACACCCCAGGAUUUCCAGGAAGAAACAACCAGAUCAGAUACCACAAUGAUCCCAGACAUUGAGUAAACAAUGAUGCCAGCAAACAAGGUCCAGCAACCCCAGAUAAUGCAUGACGUGUGACAUUUCCAGGAGCCUUGAGCUACCAGCUGCUUUCUGUGUACACAAGCUCCCCAAUUUUGUCCCCAUAGCAUACCUUUUUGCUGAAACACUUAUUACCUUUCUGCAGCAAAGGUGUUAAAAGCACUAAACCUAUA